AUGAGCAGCUUUUCUCUGUUUUCAUUUGUUGAAACCGCCACCUCUUCCUCUCGUCCUCUGAAGGGACAGAUUUACAAAGCCACAAUCCCCGAUGCUUUGUUCUACAGUCGUGAGAUGUGCCCCUUCACAACUAUGUUCGACAAACUUCGUUAUUCUGGAAUCAUUGCCUCCAAAGAACGGACCACAUCUGAUGAUAGUGGUCUACUUAAUUUCACCGAUGUGCUUUGGACCCUAUGGUCCGAGGUUCGAACCGCGCCACCGCCACUCAAAAUUGGCGGUGGGCAGCUCUGCCGUUGUCCAGUUCAAUACCACGCCUAA